AUUUUUAUAUAUGGGAUGAAGAAAGGGUUGAGAUUCUUCAAAAAAAUUUUCCCCUCACAUAGAUACACAGUUGUUAACAGCAGCAUUUGUUGAGAAAAGGUCAUCCUUUCUCCACAGAGUUAUCUUUCUGCUUUUGUCAGAAAGCAACUAACCAUAAGUAAGUGGGUCUUUAUGAAAUCUGUUUUAUGUAGUGAACUAUAGGUCUGUCCUUAUAUCAGUAUCUUAAUGUCUUGAUUAUUGUAGCUUUUCUAGUAAUGGAAAUUCUCUAACACUGCUUCUUUUUCAAAAUUGUUUUUUUUUUGGAUUCCUUUAAUUUCAUAUGAAUUUUAAGAUUAACUUGGUCCCUCUGUAAAAAUGGCUACUGGGAUUGUGAUUACAUUGAACCCACAGAUCAUUUUAGAGAGAACUGACCUCUUAAUGCCGAGUCUUUAAAAAAAAAUUUUUUUAACGUUUAUUUAUUUUUGAGACAGAGACAGAGCAUGAACAGGGGAAGGUCAGAGAGAGAGGGAGACACAGAAUCUGAAACAGGCUCCAGGCUCUGAGCUGUCAGCACAGAGCCCGACGCGGGGCUCGAACUCAUGGACUGCGAGAUCAUGACCUGAGCCAAAGUCGGAUGCUUAACCGACUGAGCCACCCAGGCACCUGUUAAUGCCAAGUCUUUUGAUCCACAAACACAGUAUAACCUCUCUUUUCAUUUAGGCCUUCAUUUCUCUCAACAUUGCUUUUAUAGUUUUUUAAAUAUACUUUUAGUGGUGGAUUUUAUCCUGUUUAUUCAGCAAGUACUUAUUGAGCAUCUAGGUAUGCUAGGUACUGUUCUAGUUCCUGUGUUAUACCAGUGAACAAAGUAGGCAAAAAACCCUGCCCUUGGGGAGUUUAUAUUCCAACUGGAGGAAGCUAGAUGAGAAACUAGUAAAUAUGUUAGAUGGUCAUUAUUACUUUUGGAGUAAAACAAAUCGGGCUAUAAGGGGUUGUAGUAUAUGAAUAUGAGGGAGGUAGGGCAGGGUUUACAGUUUUAAAUUGUGUGGACAAAGAAGUCUUCAUUGAUAAGUCAGUAUUUGAGCAGACCUUAGUCUGCUACAUAUAUGAAUAAUGAAACAAACGAUUUCAGAAGGAAAAGGGAGAAGAAUGUGGGAGCUUGAGUAAGUGUGCUAAGUAAGCUAAUUGCUUCUUGUGUGAUAGCUGGGAGUCAGUAGCAUAUAAAAUCAGUAAGUGUAGUAAUAGAAGUAUACCUAACUGCAGAAAGGUAAACAGUUAAGAAAGAUAAUGUGUUUUGUUGAAAUCUAGUGAUGAUAAAGGGAGGAGGAAAAAUAAACACAUUGUAUUAUAGCUUGUAGUAGAGAACUUACAGGUAAAAUGUGAAGAAAUAGAGGACUUGGGUACCUUGGUGGCUCAGUCAGUUAAGCAUCUGACUCUUGAUUUUGGCUCAGGUCAUGAUCUAAUGGUUCGUGACUUCAAGCCCCACAUCAGGCUCCACAUUGGCAGUGCCAAGCCUGCUUGGGAUUCUUUCCCUCUCUCUCUCUGCCCCCCCCCCCCCCCCAAGAAAGGAAAUAGAGGACUAAGUUCAUUAUAUGUGGAUAUGAUGGUAAAGAUGUCUAUAGUACAAUAAUAAAAACCUUGGUAAAAGUAACAGAACUAUCUGUAAGAUAUAAAGAGAGGAUGGAAUUAAGCAACAAAAAGAUGAGUAUUCUGUAAAGUUCAUUUUAUAAUGAAGUACCAAAUAUCUGUUAAAAAUAAUUUAAAAAAUAAUAUUCAAAAGGCAAAAAACAUACUAGACAUUUAUUCACAAAAUCCAUACUGGCAGAAGACAUUAAUGGGUUUUAGACCAUAGUGUAUCAAGUGAACAAAAUCUUAAGGCUGUAGAACAUCUAAAUACUCCAAUUAAUAAACAAAAUUUGAUGGAUAACUGAAUUCUACCUUGGAAAUAGAGACCAUAACUUCUUUUCAAGCACCUAUAGGAUAUGUACAAAAAUUGAUUGUUACUAGAUUGUAAAGAAAACUUUAGGGGCCCCUGGGUGACUCCAUUGGUUAAGUGUCUAACUCUUGAUUUCUACACAGGUCAUGAUCUCAUGGUUUGUGAAUUCAAGCCCUGUGUCAAGCUCUGUGCUGACAGUGCAGAACCUGCUUAGGAUUCUCUCUUUCCCUCUCAGUCUGCCCUUCCCCUGUGUGCAUGUGCCCGCUCUCUCUCAAAGUAAAUACAUACAAACUUUAAAAAAUGACUAGCAUGUUAAAAAAAAAACACACACUCUGAAAGAUAGGAAUGAUGAGCUCUCCCCAUCUUGUAUGGUAGCUACUAGCUACAUCUGGCUAUUUAAGUAGAAGUCGUUAAAAUUUUUUUAAGUUUAUUUAUUUAGAGAGCGUGUGUACAAGUGGGGGAAGGGGAAGAGAGAGAGAGAAUCCCCAGCAGGGUCCACACGAUCAGCGCCGUGAGGGCUGGAACCUGUGAACUGUGAGAUCAUGACCUGAGCCUGAAGUCAAGAGUCGGAUGCUUAAGCAAAUUUAAAUUCAGUUCUUAGUUUCACAUGCCACAUAGAAAUGCCCAAUAGGAUUGAUUGCCUUUGGAAUGAGGAGAAAAAAAUGCAGAUUGAAGAUAAUAUAAGUGAACUAAAUCCUCUUUCAUAACGAGGAGUCAAUAGGUAAUUUGAUGCUACUCAAGAAAUAAAGACAGGAACAUGUUAUGUAUAAUUAUGAAGAUAAAUAUAAAAGUAAGUGAAAUAUAAAAAAUAGAUGAAAGUGAUAGUUUCUAGGGAGUAGGACUGCAGGUAGGGACAGUUGGGCAUGCUGCCUUUCCAUUAUGCUGCCUUUUUGUACUAUUUUUUAAAAAUCAUGUAUAUGUAUACCUUUUAGGGGUGCCUGGGUGGCUCAGUCAGUUAAGCAUCUGACUGCAGCUCAGGUCAUGAUCUCACGGUUUGUGAGUUCAAGCCCCUCAUCUGGCUCUCUGCUGUCAGCAUAGAGCCUGCUUCAGAUCCUCCAUCCCCCUCUUUCUCUGUCCCUCCCCUGCUCACGUGCAUUCUCUCCCUGUCUCAAAAAUAAGUAAAAGUUAAAAAAAAAAAGUUAAAUACCUUUCAAACAACAAAAGCACUACUUAAAUGGGCCAGGAAAUAAAAAUCAAAAUAUGUACUCAUAGCCUCUAAAGAUUUAGAUUUAUGAUCUAUUUCAAAGACUUUUUCUCUUUUGGAGUUUCUAGGGAAUAUUUUAAACAAUAGUAAGGAGUGACAUUCGUACAAAGUUUUUACUAAAAUAAUUAAGGUACUGCUUAUUAUUCAAGAUACCACUUUGUACUGCAUGAUUUAUUCACAACUAUAAUUUUUCAAAAUAUAUUAUUACAUCUUUUUAUGAAGUCACCAUGAGAGAGGAAAUACAGGAAAGGGUUAGGGUAAAGAUAAAAGAAGUUUUGCCCUAUAAUCUGAGAAUAUUACUUGAAAGCAUAUAGGCAGACUAGUAUACAGUGUCAUUUGUUGAAUGAGUAUUGUAGUAGAUUCCCAGUUUCCCAGGUAGACUGGCUAAGCCAGUUUUUACAGCCUGACCCUCUGCAGUUGUCAGUAUAUUGUAGUUUGACAAUUCAAGUAAGCUUUACACGUGAAGAAAAAAAAAUUAAACAUAUAGGGAUUAAAUAUAAACCCUUAGAGGAGUAGCAUUACACAGCAAAUUAUCAAAAAGAAAUUCAAAGAAAUAGAAACCAUUCAAAUACAUCCUACAGUUGAAGAACACAAUGAUUGAACUGAAGAUUUUAGUAGAUUCAAUAGCAGACUCAACCAAGCAGAAGAAAGAAUUAGAAGACAGGUCAUUUGAUAUGUAAUCAGCAGAGUAAAAGUAAAGGAGAAUGAUGGGGCACCUGGGUGGCUCUCUCUGCUCCUCCCCUGCUCGUGCUCUGUCUCUCUUUCAAGAAUAAAUAAACAUUAAAAAAAAAAAGUAAAGGAGAAUGAAAAAGAGUGAAGAAAGCCUAUGGAAUGACAAGGUACUAUUGAACUAUGAAUUAUUGAAGUCCCAGAGUAAGAGAGGGAGAAAGGAGAAGUCUAAUUUUUAAAGAAAUAAUGGCUAAGAACUUCCCAAAUCUAGGGAGAGAUUUGGCCAUCUAAGUUCAUGAAACUAAUAAUAGAUCACCCCAAAAUUUCAAACCAAAAUCAUAUUCUCCAAGACAUUAUAAUAAAACUGUCUAAAGUCAAACAUGAAAGUUUAGAAGCAUCAAGAGAAAAAAAAAAAUUCCCAUAUAAGGGAACCCCCAUAAGGCUAUCAUCAGAUUUCUCAGCAGAAACUUUGCAGGUCAGGAGAACAUGUAAAGAUAUAUCCAAAGUGCUGAAAGGAAAAAACUGCCAAUCAAGAAAACUUUACCCCACAAAAUUGUUUUUCAGGGUUGAAAGAGAGGUAAAGACUUUCCCAAACAGACAAAAGUUGAGAGAGUUUAUCACCACUAGACCUGACUUACAAGAAAUGCUGAGAGGAAUUCUUCAAGCUGAAAUGAAAAGAUGCUACUUAGUAACGUAAAAUUAUAUGAAAUUAUAGAACAUACUGGUAAAGAAUUCUGAGACUGAUGGUCAGCCAUAUAGAAGAAUACAUUGAACCUAUAGUUUUCUGAAGAAGCAAUUUAAAAGAUCCAAAAAACACAAAAGGAGAAGUACAAAUGUCUACCACAAGACGAAAACGUAAUAUGUUAUGUUGUUUACCGUAAGCUGUAGUAAAAUGAGCUCGAUUGUCGACAGAGAAGAUGGUAGUAUAUUUGAUGGGUUGGUGGAAGAAGAUGACAAGGACAAAGCAAAAAGAGUAUCUAGAAACAAAUCUGAAAAGAAACGUAGAGAUCAAUUUAAUGUUCUCAUUAAAGAACUGGGAUCCAUGCUUCCUGGUAAUGCUAGGAAGAUGGACAAAUCUACUGUUCUGCAGAAGAGCAUUGAUUUUUUACGAAAACAUAAAGAAAUCACUGCACAGUCAGAUGCCAGUGAAAUUCGACAGGACUGGAAACCUACAUUCCUUAGUAAUGAAGAAUUUACACAAUUAAUGUUAGAGGCUCUUGAUGGUUUUUUUUUAGCAAUCAUGACAGAUGGAAGCAUAAUAUAUGUGUCUGAGAGUAUAACUUCAUUACUUGAACAUUUACCAUCUGAUCUUGUGGAUCAAAGUAUAUUUAAUUUUAUCCCAGAAGGGGAACAUUCAGAGGUUUAUAAAAUACUCUCUACUCAUCUGCUGGAAAGUGAUUCAUUAACCCCUGAAUAUUUAAAAUCAAAAAAUCAGUUAGAAUUCUGUUGUCAUAUGCUUCGAGGAACAAUAGACCCAAAGGAGCCAUCUACCUAUGAAUAUGUGAAAUUUAUAGGAAAUUUCAAAUCUUUAAACAGUGUAUCGACUUCAGCACACAAUGGUUUUGAAGGAACUAUACAACGCACACACAGGCCUUCUUAUGAUGAUAGAGUUUGUUUUGUAGCCACUGUCAGAUUAGCUACACCUCAGUUCAUCAAGGAAAUGUGCACUGUUGAAGAACCUAAUGAAGAGUUUACAUCCAGACAUAGUUUAGAAUGGAAGUUCCUAUUUCUAGAUCACAGGGCACCACCUAUAAUAGGAUAUUUGCCAUUUGAAGUUCUGGGAACAUCAGGCUAUGAUUACUAUCAUGUGGAUGACCUAGAAAACUUGGCAAAAUGCCAUGAGCACUUAAUGCAGUACGGGAAAGGCAAAUCAUGUUAUUAUAGAUUCCUCACCAAGGGACAACAGUGGAUUUGGCUUCAGACUCAUUAUUAUAUCACUUAUCAUCAGUGGAAUUCUAGGCCAGAAUUUAUUGUUUGUACUCACACCGUAGUAAGUUAUGCAGAAGUUAGGGCUGAAAGACGACGAGAACUUGGCAUUGAAGAGUCUCUUCCUGAGACAGCUGCUGACAAAAGCCAAGAUUCUGGGUCUGAUAAUCGUAUAAACACAGUCAGUCUCAAAGAAGCCUUGGAAAGGUUUGAUCACAGCCCAACUCCUUCUGCUUCCUCCCGGAGUUCAAGAAAAUCAUCUCACACAGCAGUCUCAGACCCUUCCUCAACACCAACAAAGAUCCCAACAGAUACUAGCACUCCUCCCAGACCGCAUUUACCAGCUCAUGAAAAGAUGGCACCAAGGAGGUCAUCAUUUAGUAGUCAGUCCAUAAAUUCCCAGUCUGUUGGUCAGUCAUUAACACAACCAGUGAUGUCUCAAGCUGCAAAUUUACCAAUUCCACAAGGCAUGUCCCAGUUUCAGUUUUCAGCUCAGUUAGGAGCCAUGCAGCAUCUAAAAGACCAGUUAGAGCAACGGACACGGAUGAUAGAGGCAAACAUUCAUCGGCAACAAGAAGAACUAAGAAAAAUUCAAGAACAACUUCAAAUGGUCCAUGGUCAAGGGCUGCAGAUGUUUUUACAGCAGUCAACCCCUGGUUUGAAUUUUGGUUCUGUUCAACUUUCUUCUGGAAAUUCAUCUAACAUCCAGCAACUUGCACCUAUAAGUAUGCAGGGCCAGGUCGUUCAAACCAACCAAAUUCAGAGUGGAAUGAAUACUGGACACAUUGGCACAACUCAGCAUAUGAUACAACAGCAGACUUUACAAAGUACAUCAAGUCAGCAGAGUCAACAAAAUGUACUGAGUGGGCACAGUCAACAAACCUCGCUUCCUAGUCAGACACAGAGCACACUCACCACUCCACUCUAUAACACUAUGGUGAUCUCACAGCCGGCAGCCGGAAGCAUGGUCCAGAUUCCAUCUAGCAUGCCACAGAACAGUACCCAGAGCACUGCUGUAACUACAUUCACUCAGGACAGACAGAUCAGAUUUUCUCAAGGUCAGCAGCUUGUGACCAAAUUAGUAACUGCUCCUGUAGCUUGUGGGGCGGUCAUGGUACCCAGCACAAUGCUCAUGGGGCAGGUGGUGACUGCCUACCCUACGUUUGCUACCCAGCAGCAGCAGCCACAGGCACUGCCAGCCACACAGCAGCAGAACUCCCAGGAACAGCCGCUUGCUUCAGUUCAGCAACCUUCUCAGGCUCCGCUGACCCAACCACCACAGCAGUUUUUACAGACUUCAAGGUUGCUCCACGGGAAUCCUUCGACUCAGCUUAUCCUCUCUGCUGCAUUUCCACUACAACAGAGCACUUUCCCUCAGUCACAUCACCAGCAGCACCAGUCUCAGCAACAGCAGCAACUGAAUCGGCACAGGACUGACAGUUUGACCGAUCCUUCCAAGGUUCAACCACAGUAGCACACAUCCCUCCUCUCUGAUCUCAGGAGGAAGGGGUUGUCCCUAAGAGUUGCUCAGAUGAUCUGAGACUAGGAGGAGAAGGUCCAGCAGUUUCACAAGAUGCAGUAUUGAGUGUUCUAGUUUCUGGAAUUAGUUAGCAGGGAAAGUGCUGCCUAGUGCUACAGAUGUACAUUAAAUACCAGCCAGCAGGAGAUGAUCAUGGGGCCAUAGCCAAUUCUGACAGUGUUUUACUCACCCAGCUAUUUUUCAAAUGGAAAGAUAGAUUGCCAAAUGUUAAGCUCAGCUAUGAAACAUGACCUCCGGUCAAUCAGAAAGGCACUAACGAUGUUAGUAACUUUUAGUGGUUCUGUGCCUGUUUUCAAGUGUUACAGAGGACACGCCACUGUCAUGUCAGGGGUUUGCGUACAACGAUGCCAUGAAGACAGUUCGGUAGACCCAGUAGACCCCUUCCCCAUCCCCUCUCCCUUUUCAGAUAAUGAUUGAAUAGUAAUUUCAGAAUGUCGUGUGGUUCAAAUGCUCUAUGUACAGAUACUGUAAAAAUACUAUGUAUAUGUCUGGAUAAAAGGAGAGAAAGCAAAACAUUUUGUAAGCUGCAUGAAAGCAUUAUCUCCUCUUAAGUAUGAGUAUAUUUCCUUAGAUUCUGACGCCAUGUGCAAACUAGUACAUCCUCUGUUUCCCCUCUUGUUUACAACACGGUAGUGUUCUCACUUUUCCGGGGCACAAGGCUUUUUGUUCAUACUUUGGCUGUGAUGUCACAGUUUGUUCAGUGAGGUAUGAUGUGCUGCUGGGAAUGGAUAUUUUUUUCCAGGUUAAAUUAUUGAGACAACAGGAUUUUCAAGUUACUCAAAUAUCCUUUAUUUCAUUAUUUUUCAUUUAUGUUUGAAAAUAGGAUUUGCACUGCUUUAUUUUAGAUGGUUGGAAGUUUUGGUCACAUAUUUUGAUAUAUAGUUCAUAGUUGGAAAUAGUUGUGUAAACGGUUUUCAAUAAGCCUGAAAGUAAUUUCAAGAAUGUUUCAGUUAUAGGAGUAAAAUUUGCACACAAAAGAUUUUAGGCACUUUUUAACAUUCUCACUGGUGGGAAUUUUAACUUUUAGGAUUUGUUGGAAUCUUUUUAUUAUCCUUCACAAUUUCAAUGCUUCUUUUAGUCAGAAAUGAUUCAGGGUUAUUUGAGGGGAAAAAAAAACCCAUAGUGCCUUGAUUUUGAUUCAGGUGAUAACUCACCAUCUUGAAUUCAUUGUCUGGUUUCAGUAGCAGUUUUGAAACCUUAGUACAUUUUUAACAGCAUGUGGGUGUCAGUGCCAUUAUGAUUCUCCUAAGUUUCCACGAAGACUGCUUUGAGUCUCUUGGACUGGAGGUACAAGUAACUUAGAAAUAAAUACAAGGUGACAUCCUGACACUAUCAGAGUCAUUGAUGUGAUCACAAAAUUGUUUUCUAAAUCAGCAUCUUCCUUUAAAGCUGAACAGUUAAGAAUUACUGUAAAUGUUUUCUAUAUAUGAUCUUGAUAUUCCUACAAAGAAAAAAGAAGGGGUAAGAAUUGGCUUUGCCUUUACUAUAACACUAGAAUAUUGUAACUCACAUGCUUUCUAAACGUGAACUAAGAUUUCAUUUGGCAAUAUUAGAUUCUAAAGGUAAUAAAUUCCAACAGAAAUUACAUACAUAAAAAAACCAUCUUAGAGCUUUUAUGGUACUAAUAAUUAAAUUGACAACCACAGAGCAAAGGAAAAUUAAUGGGAAUACCUUAUUAAAAUAUCAAAAAUUAUUACUGAAGGGAGGAUAGCAAGCUGUAAUUAACUCAAAAUUGACCUUAAAAGGAAAUGUGUAACAGAACUGAAAAAGGUUUUGAGCAAUGAAAAUAUUGUACUAUAGAAUUGCUCGACAAAGGAGUCAGAGGAAUUUCUAAGACCGUUCUUAUGACUUUUCUGUCCUUCACUUUGCUAUCAUCCCAAAAGGAUAGACUUUGUCUUUCUCCAGACAACUCUACCUGGCCACACAUCUAUUAGAGAGUUCAUAUUGAAGAAGAAAAUAACCAAAGAAAGUUGGUACCUAGCCUUCUACAAAAGAAGUGUCACUGGAUACCAAUCAAUAAUGAACAUAUCAAGAAGCUCCUCUUCUAGCUAAAUGAUCUGGAUGAAGAGAUUUCUGACUUCCUCAUGAAUGUCAAGAAUAGCUGUCAGAAUAUGUAUGUAACUUGAGCGUAGGUACACAUAGAUGAAAUUGAUGUAGAAUAUGGCAACAGUAUUAGUUUUCUCCCCUUUCAGAUUGCCUUUCUCAACCUUGCCAUGCCAUUCCAUAUACCUGAGUUGUGCCUCAUUUAUUUAUUGGCAAUAUUUAGUGGUAUGGAUAACAAAAGAUAUGAAGAACUAUAAUUUAUUAAGAUUUAUCCUCUAAAUACCGUACUUAAAGGGAAAGAUGGUGAAUGGUGAGUACUGUGUACUUAGGUCUUCAAAGGCAAAGCAGAAGGCAAGCCACAAGGUAAAUCUGUAGACUGUUCACAUUCUCCUCUACCAGUCCCUUCAAGUAUUUUCCAUCCUCAUAGAUAUUUGGGAAGGAAAAUUAGACAAAAUGAUGUUUUGUAAUUCCUGUUGUUCCUCACAGCCCAUUUUUGCCCUGCUUAGAAUUGAUAGAAUUAAAGGGACAGCUAGCUGCGUUCCCUUGGCUGUCAAUAUGAAGUGUUGUCGAAGAGCUAGUAAGCGCCAACUGCCUCAGCUCCUCUGUGUCCCGUCCCCCCCAGCCCCCGGUUUUUCUUGAACUUGGGUUGCAGAGCUGCCCCUGCCCCUCCCCCAUAAUUGAGACUUGAGCAUUCUGACGAAGAUUGGGCAGUUGCCUGUUCUUCGUUCCUGUAGCCAAAGUUGUUCAUUAAAAUCCCAAAUCUACGUAAUGAAAAAAUACCAAAUAGAGACACCUUUCAGCUACUUAAAAGUCACCAUCUUCCCUCCGCUGUACUCUCACAGCGAUUCAUUUUUUCUUACAAAACAUUUUAUUCUGGGUGGCACUUUUUAAGUGACAAACUAUUGAAGAUCUGGAAAAACGUGAGCUGCUGUGCAGUCGCCCUGCUCUGCACUGUGGUGGCCCCCGGUGCCAGUGCUGUUAAACCCUUCAGGCGAGGCUGCGGGGGUCAGUCCCAUUGCUGCUAAGAGUGGUGUCAGCCCAGAACCCAGACGCUCAAAAGUACUCUGAUUUUUGAGUUGGAAUAUAUUGGAGAAAAAGCAAAUAUGAGGGAUGGGGAUGGCAAUAGGUAAAUACUACUAUUCAGUCUCCAAACUCUGUCCUUAGCUGAGGGGGUAAUUCGAGUCCCAUGCUCCGCUUUGUUACUUACAUCUGGUUUAGGAAUGUACUAGUAAUAAAAGAUGCCAGUGACUUUGAAUAGGUGGUUACAGAAUACUUAGUGCAGAAGAGUGAAAAUGUUAUUUGCAUUCUUCAGAAGUGCUAAGAGUCUUUGGUCAUUGCCUUAAAGCGGUCUGCUUGCAGUUAGUUAAGGGCACUGAAGCAGUGCAGCUCCAUGCAGGGCAUUGCAGUGAAGGGAGAUGAACCUUUGUUCAAGAGGCCUUAGAAAGGGGCCCCUCGAAAUAGUACUCUUUCUCCGGCUCCACAGUGGUGAAAAUUGUUUUCAGCUGGAUAUUAUUCAACUUGAUUUCUAAUGUUUCCACUACAGUGAGGUAAACCUUUUCCUUUUUUUAAAGUGGAAUGCAAAUAGCAUUUUACUUUGGUAUUGCUCGUUUCUCCUUUUUUUCUUUUUCUCUAUUUCUUUGGUGAUUGAGUUUGUUGAUGAUGGACAUUUGUGGGAAACUCAUUCAAGUCUAUAACCAACCUUUCCAAUAUCUGUGAUCCUAUUCCUAGUCCCUUGGGAGUCAGUGUUGGAAGGUAUAAACACUGGAUAUUACUAUUGCUGAGUGAGUCUAGCCAGGAGUGAGCAGAUUGGAAUUUUCAAAUGGUGGAAAAGGAACAGCACAAAGGCACUUGCCAUUUUAAUUAGCGAUUGGAGAGAGAGACCCUUUUAAGUUUGUUUGGGUUGGGUGAGCAUUCCUCUAAAAGGAGCUUCUGAAAUAAAUGCAAAGGAAAAGAGUCGACUAUUUUUAUAGCAUAUUUAAUAUAUUUGUAUAUAACUAUGAAUAUGGUAGGAACCCUCCACAUGCCUCCACUUUUCUAAUUUACUCCCCCUUUUGCCAUAGCACUAGUAUAGCCUCAUCCGCAUGGGUAACGUGCCUAUCGUCAGCCUACCAAAAGAUAGCGCUGCUGCUUUCUGAGACAGGUGAGACCACCCAACUCUCAUGCCUGGGGAUCCUUUCUGUAGGAAUAGCACACACUUCGAAAACAACAUAACCACAGUCUGAAAGCAUCAUUUUGAAAUGUAACAAGCACUUUAUUGCAACUCUUCAUUUUGAUAAAGUUUAUUAUCUUAAGCAUUACCAUUUCUAAAGGAUCCCCAAAUCAUCACUUAGGUGAAAUUUUAAAAUGAUACAUUUCUGAGAAAUGUUUAGAUCCAGUGAACCGUAGCAGGUUUCUGGGAGUGAUUUCAAGGUAGCCAAAUGAACUUUGACUUUGGUUCUGAAUGUGGCGGAGUCAGGAGAUUGUAGAUGGCUAGUUCCGUUUCGACACUAUUGUAAACCUGUCUUGCCUAGCGUGUGGACACCAAAAGAGACCAAUGAGCCUGUUUAUUUUCAGAGGCCUAGGACAGUUGCAUCAGUGUGAAUAGAUGUAUAGAACUAACCUAAAAGUGACUGGUAGUAAUAUUUUAGAAUAUGAUAAUUUCAAGAAUUCUUCUGGGUGUUUUAAAUGUGCUCUGAAAUGUUGGCAUGUCAUUUCAGCGUUUCCAUUUGAACUGCUCUUAUAAUCUCUUUUGCACAAAAAGGACUGAGAAAAAGACAACUUCAGUUGAAGAAAAGUAUAAUUUGGUCUUAUUUUAAAUAUGUCUCCUGUGGAAACACAGGGGAUGAAUUUUGUUGGUAUAGUUAGUUAUUAAUUCAGGAUAUUUAACACAGUAUUGAACAGCUCACAAGAAAUUCAGCAAAUGUGGACAUUUAAAAAUUAAAACUUUGUUUCCAUGUGACUGUUUUGCAUAUUUUCCCCCUUGUCAUAAUUUAACACUACAUUCCUUGUUUUUCUUAAAUAAAAUAAUACUUUGCAGGUUCUGCUUUGAGUAUUUAACAAUAUUUUUGUAAGCUGCCUGGGUCUUCCUAGGGAAACGUUUAGUGAAGUAGGAUAUAGUUUAUGAAGAGACUGUUGAAGUGGAAUCCCAUCACCACCACCAGCAAACACUGAGGUGCUGCAUUCAGUGACAAUCAAAAUAGUGAGUAUUUAUGGAAGAAUUUAGAACGUGAUUUUAAAGAGGCAGUUGCUUUGAAAGCAGUUCUCUGGGUUUGUUGAAUGAAAAUGGCUAAAUGUAUUUAUUUAUAUUUUUAAAUAUCUGUGUUGUUUUCUCAUCAGAGUGAUUUCACAGUGUCAUGUAUUUAAUUUGUGGUUUGUUUUGUUCUGCUUCGUAAUCUUCUACUUAAAAGAACUGGCUCCUCUAUCUGGGGGCGCAGUCUCCAGCCCUCACCAGGACGGUCCCUGGGCCAAUCCAAAUCUGUUUUACUUCAGGACGGCAGUGGAGGGCCCAAAGCAGGAUGCCCUGGCACUUCCCUCCUGUUCUCAACUCAUUUAAGAAAAAAAUAAAGGUAACUCCUUCCAAAUCUGCUUUGUAUAGCUCCAACCUUUUUUCUAGUUUCACUUGCUGCCUUUUCUAUUUUGUGGGUACUUUUUAUAGGAUUACUUCCCCAAUGCAGCCAAAGGCCAGUAGGACAGAACCAGUGGCACACAUUGCCUCUGUUCUGCCCAUUUGGGGAAAUGUUAGUAAGAAGAUCGGCAUCUUCGAACGGCUGUCACUAUCAUAUCCAUAGUAAAACCCAUUUCAAGUCCUUAAAUACAGGUGGAACAAUGUAUGUGCACUGUACUCUCCUACAAAAACUGUUUGCUGUCUUUGGGGUACUGUUGCUUGGCUCUACAAAAACAAAGCCUUCAUACACAGUACUAGCCACUCAAGUAGUGUUGGGACAUUUGAAGCCUACAAGUUGGAGGAUACUUCUUAGCUAGUAUACAUCGGAACAGAAUUCUCCAUUCUAGGGCUCUCCGAGGAGCUCUUGAGUCCCACAGGCCUCCAGCGGCGUGUACCAUCUAGCUUUCGGGACCCCUCAGAGAAUGAUAACCAAAGCACGUCAGCCACAAGUUGGAUUUAAUGAUGCAGAACAUGUUUAACUCUGAGGCUUAAAAUGAAAAUGUGUUUCAAAUGUAUGCUUUCAUUUCUGAGGAAACAAACUGUGACAUCGCUUAAAAAAUGACAUUCAAAUGUUUUAUGUGUGUUUUGAGUUAUUCUGUACUGGUGCAAAUUCACUGCUGGCAAUGGUUGUGCCAGUACUAAAGAGUUAGUAGAGAAAGCUCUAUUAUCCUUAGAUUGAUGUAUUAUGUACCUAGACAAUCAUCAAGCAAAACAAAGUUGGCCAGGAAAUGUCCCCCCCCCCCCCCCCGUGUCAGCUAGAACAGCUGUAACUUUAGACCAUUCUAGAAUUAUUUUGGAAUCUGUUUUACUAUGGCGUAAGUUGGGGAAGGGCCUCAGUAUGGCACUUGCACAUUUACUCUCUGUAGAGAUGGAAGCCCAAAGAUGAGUCACAUUCAGUGCUGUGUUGAAACCAGUUAGUGCAAAAAAGUUUUAUCUUUGUAAAUUUUUAAUUGUUAACAUCAGUUAGUAGCUGUAAAAACAUACACCAAAUUCUUUCUAAUGUUCUGUGUGGUUCUUGGUUGUGCUACUCUUGACAUUGCUGUCCUUACUGCUUGGUUCUUGGUGUUAGAUAAAAAUUAGAUGUAGCCCAUUGUCUUAACUUCCAAAAAGGUAGAGCUAUAUGUACAUGGCUAACUGAUCUUAAGAAUACGUACUUUUCCUAAAGCAAACAUUGAAUUGAAAUCCAAACUGAUUUAUAAAAACGAGAUGGACAUCUUGUAGGUAUUGUAUUCUGCCCCAAUCCUAAAUUGUACCGAAGCACGAAGGGAUAAUGAAUGGUUUCAAUGGUGCUAUCUUAGGUUCUCUGCUGAUUUUCAUGAGCUGUGUUUGGAAGUACAAUAUUACAUAAAACGUGGAUCAUUUUGUUACCAACUUAAUAUUGCCAUUUCAAUUUGGUGUUACAAUUGGUUGCACUUAUUUUUCAGCGCUGUCCUUUGAGAAGAGGUAACGUGUUUUAUUAGCCUACCUCCACUCAGGCCUCUUGGUGUAUGAUCAUUUCUCCAGGUUAUGAUGUGCAUAGUUUUCUAAAACUACAUGUACUAUUAUUAUAUUGCUCUUUCCCGUAGACUUUUGUAAUGUAUUCCGAACCUAAAAUCAUAACAAAAGAGCCAAGCAGUAGCAUCGGUUGGUUUUUUUUGUUUUGUUUUUCGUUUUUUUUUUUUUUUUUU